AUGGCAGUGGGUGGUGGACCUGGUGGUGCUAAGGUGGAUGAUUUUGCACCCUUCCCCAUUAAGGACCAGCUCCCUGGCGUCGAUUUCUGUGUCUCCAGCGCUCCUUCUUGGCCGGAAGCUAUACUUUUGGGAUUUCAGCAUUAUCUGGUGAUGCUUGGAACUAUUGUGAUAAUUUCAUCAGUACUAGUUCCUCUGAUGGGUGGUGGCAAUGUGGAAAAGGCUGAGGUUAUCAACACUUUGCUCUUUGUUGCCGGAAUCAGCACAAUGUUACAAACUUGGUUUGGUUCGAGGCUUCCUGUGGUGAUUGGAGGAUCCUACGCUUUCAUUAUCCCUGCUAUCUCCAUUGCCUUGUCAAAAAACAAUUAUAGUAAUUUUGCAUUUCUCAGUCCCCAUGAGAGGUUUGAAGAAUCCAUGAGGGCUAUACAAGGAGCACUUAUCAUUGCAUCAUUCUUUCAAAUGGUUAUUGGUUUCUUUGGUUUCUGGAGAAUUUUUGCAAGAUUUCUUAGCCCUCUUGCUGCUGUUCCUCUUGUGACUCUCACUGGACUAGGGCUUUAUGGACAUGGCUUCCCACAACUGGCAAGAUGCAUUGAAAUCGGGCUUCCAGCAUUGAUUGUGGUGAUCGUCUUAUCUCAGUAUCUUCCUCAUAUGAUGAAAUCAAGAGGAGCCAUAUUAAACAGAUAUGCAGUCCUAUUCUCAGUAGCAGUUGUAUGGGUUUAUGCGGAAAUUUUGACUGUCGCCGGUGCAUAUGAAAAUAAACCUCCAAACACACAGAUUAGUUGCCGAACUGAUCGUUCAGGGCUUGUUAGUGGUGCUCCUUGGAUAAAAUUUCCAUAUCCAUUUCGCUGGGGACGUCCUACUUUUGAUGGUGGUGAUGUUUUUGCGAUGAUGGCUGCUUGUUUUGUUGCUGUUGUUGAGUCUACCGGAACAAUUAUUGCAGCAUCAAGAUAUGGGAGUGCCACUCCUAUACCACCUUCUGUACUCAGCCGUGGUAUUGGUUGGCUGGGAAUCGGAACUUUGCUUGCUGGACUUUAUGGUACAGGAAUUGGUUUGACUGCUUCAGUUGAAAAUGCGGGUCUUUUGGGAUUAACACGAGUUGGAAGUCGGAGAGUCAUUGAAAUAUCAGCAGGAUUUAUGUUCUUCUUUUCUGUAUUAGGAAAAUUCGGGGCUAUUCUUGCUUCCAUACCCUUACCAAUUGUGGCAGCUUUGUACUGUGUUCUCUUUGCCUACGUGGCUUCAGCUGGUAUUGGAUUGCUCCAAUUCUGCAACCUAAAUAGCUUCAGGACAAAGUUUAUUCUUGGCUUUGCCCUCUUCAUGGGCCUCUCUGUCCCACAAUACUUCAAUGAAUAUCUCUUAAUUUCUGGACAUGGCCCUUUCCACACUCAUGCUAUCUGGUUCAACAACAUAAUGCAAGUGAUUUUCUCAUCUUCGGCAACAGUGGCGAUUAUAGUUGCAUUCUUCUUAGACUGCACUCUCAGUUUGAGUCACAGCUCAACCUGGCGAGACAGUGGUAGACACUGGUGGGUGAAGUUCUGGAAAUACGAUCAAGACACGAGGACCGAAGAUUUCUAUUCACUGCCUUGGAACCUUAACAGGUUCUUCCCUUCUUUUUAACUCUGAACAACUCUCUUGCCACAUAAGACAGUAGUAAUGUUGUCAAUUUAAUUAUUACAUUUCAUUUGGGCAAAAUGUCUAUCAAACUAAUGCGAAAUACGGGAAAGGGAACUUGUAUAGGGUUUCUUAAGCCACAGAUACUGAAUACUGGCUAUGCUUGUGAUUAAAUGUUAUAGAUUUCAAAUAUAUAUACACAAGGAUCUGAAAAAUAUCAGUAUUAAGGGAA